AGUAGAUUGUAGGACCUUCUAGUUGGUGGAUAGAAUAGUCUUGGACAUUAUAGAAGAGGUCAAGAUUUAUAAUUAUAAGAAUCCCCGCCAAGAGAUUAUGGAGGACGCUAGCAAUUACAUAUCCAAUAUGAACAAAGUAGUAUCAUCUACUGAGGUUGAAGGGAAACAACAAGUCCAUGAACAAACCAAUGAGAAAGUUGGUAAAUCCACUGAGGCGUCUGCUGGGUCGACCACACUAUCCACCAACUCUAUGCUUUCACAAGACCAAUUACAGAGGCUCACCUUUGAACAAAUACAGGAACAAUUGAAACUUCAUCAAGAAGAACUCUUCCGCCAUCAACGGGAAUUUUUCAUGGGGGUUGAUGGGGCUUCUGCCAUGGCAGCAGCAUAUCCCCAUGGUCCAUUGUCUGUACCGUCUACCAAGACCACAAUGUCGGGGAAUACUUGGAGUUUUACACAGGGACUUCUUCUUGGACAAUUGAGUAUAUUUGUAGUGAUUGCCAUAUUUGUCAAGUUUUUCGUUUUUGCUGAGCCUUCAGCCAUAGAGGCUGGAACCACCAAUAAGACAAAGGACAUAUCUGGUGUCAUUGUCAAGCGGAACAAGAAGGGGGGCAAAAAUAACCGAGAUGGGCUGCUGCUGGGUAGUGGGAACAAUGGAGACCAUAUGACAGAUGAUACAUUGUCAGACUCACAAUCUAAGCUCUCCAGUAUACUUGAGAAAACUUACUAUGAUGUCAAUAAUCAUAAUCCAGAAUCAUUGGAUUGGUUCAAUGUCUUGAUUGCUCAAAUGAUUUCUCAACUUAGAAGUGAAGCUCUUGUUUCUGACAACAUCUACCAUUCUCUUAAUGAGUUUUUAUCUCGAGGAGAUAUGCCUGACUACCUUGAUACCAUCAAAUUGACUGAAAUUGAUGUUGGUGAUGAUUUCCCAAUAUUUUCAAAUUGUAGAAUUAAACAUAGUGAAGAUGGAUCCGGAAGGCUUGAGGCUAAAAUUGAUGUUGAUUUGUCUGACACUCUUACCUUGGGUAUUGAAACAAAGCUUUUAUUGAACCAUCCCGUGCCAUUAACUGCGGUAUUGCCAGUGCAAUUGUCUGUCUCCAUCGUGCGAUUCUCUGGGUGUCUUACUGUCUCAUUGAUCAAUACUAAUGAUCAAGAAUUUGCUAGAGAGAAUGAAUUAAAGAAAAAUGAAAAGGAGAACAAUAAAUCAGAUAGUUCACUGGUGUCCCCCUCAUCAGUUGGAAUGUCAACAUCAAAUUCGGGAAAUUCUAAUAAGACGUCUGAAAAUAGAAACAUUCCUAUUACACCACCCAUAAAUGGCCGAUCCGAGACUGCUAGUCCCAGAUCACAAACUGUAGAAGGACCAAGUCCUACCACCACUACCCCAAUUAAUGGUGGUGGUAGCUUGUCUACGAAUGCAAAUGGUACCCCUGAUGACACUUCUGCGUCAUCUUCCACUUCCAAUAAUGAUUCCUCCCAAGUUGAAGGAGCGGCACUCAUGUUUCUGUUUUCACCUGACUACAGACUUGAAUUCACUGUCAAGUCACUCAUUGGAGCAAGGGCAAAACUACAAGAUGUUCCUAAAAUAUCUACACUUAUUGACAGUAAACUCAGAAGUUGGUUCAUUGAGAGAUGUAUUGAGCCUCGAUUCCAAGUAGUGAAACUCCCAUCUAUAUGGCCAAGAAGUAAAAAUACUCGUGAAUCAUACGGGAAUAAUGUUAACGACACAAGAAGAACAAAGGGAGAAGGUGCCCAUCUGCCCAAAUGAGAAAUUAUAAUGAAGAAGUAAACGAAUGAUUGGCAUUAUACAUAAGAAUUGCUAUGGUGUAAUGUUUUUAUCGUAUUGAUUACAUGUACCACUAUAUGAAAAGAAACAUCACCUACAUGAAACUUUAAAUUAGCAUGGUGUAUAAUGAUUUAAAAAGUAUGCAUGAAAAUCCUUUUUAAUUUCACAUGGCCCCUUAUCCACAGGUGAAGCCCACAAUAUCACCACUUAUACACUCGAUAAAAAAUAACAAAUUGGAUGCUAGUCAGCUUAUAAUACAUGUGUUACAAUCUUUCCUACCAUUAAAAUCAAAACUUAGACAGUUUGGCAAUAUGUUUCC